CAUCAUCCCUUCUUCCGAACUGAAAGUUGAACACCGAAAACUUCCACUACUACUCUGCAAUAGCUGCUCACUUCCUCUCUCCAUUUUUCACCAUUAUCUCCCUCACCCCUACCCCCAUAAAACUACCCCCCAAUCCAAUGCACAGUCUUCUUCCACUUCAAUUACACCGAUAAAAAAAAUACCAACAAUGACCCUGCCAUUUUCUUGUUCCGGGUCGGUUCAAUUUCCCUGCUCAACUACUACUACACCAACAUUUCAACAACCCAAACUGACCCACAAUCCAUGGCUAAAUUUCACUUACAAGAGACCCGUUUUCUAUGUUAUCCGUUGUGUGUCGACCCGACCCGGGAGAAAGUCGGGUACCAUGAGCCGCAUCGGGUCAUCCGAGGCACAGGAGCUGGUGACUUUGCUGAUGAAGAAUUUCAGUGAUAAGAAGCCAUUAGUGAGCACUCUGAACAAGUACGUUAAGUUUGUGAGGACUGAACACUGUUUCUUGCUCUUUGAAGAACUUGGCAAAACUGAUAAUUGGCUUCAAUGCCUUGAGGUUUUCAGAUGGAUGCAAAAACAACGGUGGUAUAUAGCGGAUAAUGGGGUUUACUCAAAGUUGAUAUCAGUAAUGGGGAAGAAAGGGCAGAUCAGAAUGGCAAUGUGGCUGUUCUCCGAGAUGCGUAAUAGUGGGUGUCGGCCAGAUACCUCAGUGUACAAUGCAGUCAUUUCAGCCCAUCUCCACUCCCGAGACAAAUCCAAGGCCUUGGCAAAGGCUAUGGGUUACUUUGAGAAGAUGAAGGGAAUGGAGCGUUGUAGUCCAAGUAUUGUUACUUACAACAUUCUAUUGAGAGCUUUUGCUCAGGCAAAAAAUGUUGAACAGGUAGAUGCUCUGUUGAAAGAUCUCGAGGAUAGCAUUGUCACUCCUGAUAUAUUCACAUUUAAUGGUCUGAUGGAUGCCUAUGGGAAAAAUGGGAUGAUCAAGGAAAUGGAGCAUGUUCUCUCUCGAAUAAAGAGUAAUGAGCUGAAACCAGAUAUCAUUACUUUUAACAUAUUGAUUGAUUCAUAUGGGAAGAAGCAGGAAUUUCAGAAGAUGGAACAAGUUUUUAAAAGCUUGCUUCGAUCCAAGGAAAAACCUACCAUUCCCACGUUUAACUCAAUGAUAACAAACUAUGGAAAAGCACGGCUGAGAGAGAAAGCAGAGUUAGUUCUUGAGAAGAUGACUGACUUAGGAUAUAGGCCAAGUUACAUCACAUAUGAGUGCCUCCUUAUGAUGUAUGGGCAUUGCGACUGUGUUGCAAAAGCAAGAGAACUAUUUGAUAGGGUGGUAGAAUCUGAAAAGGAGAAGAAGGUUUCAACACUGAAUUCAAUGCUUGAUACUUAUUGCAUGAAUGGUUUACCCGUAGAAGCCGACGCGCUCUUUGAGAGUAUUCAUUCAGCCAAAGCUUUCCCUAUAGAUUCCUCAACCUAUAAACUUCUAUAUAAGGCCUACACUAAAGCCGAUAUGAAGGAGCUAGUACAAAAAUUGUUGACAUGUAUGGACAAAGAUGGGAUUAUCCCCAACAAAAAGUUCUUUCUUGAUGCCUUGGGGGCCUUUGGGACUGGACCUAUGAGCCAAAAGGCAGCUGGUGAUAAUAAAGGAUUGAACAAGCAGAGGGGCCGUAAGUGAAAAGAAAGAGUGGGUUGGAGUUAGAAAGUUGGUUGAAGCGCUCGUCUCUCAGACAAUGAUGAGAUUUACGUUGAGUGGCUCAGUGAUCAUCUGUGGAACUGCAAGGAUUGUUUUUGUCUCCCUGGUUCAAGAUAUAACAUGAAACAUUCAAAUCGUGAUUCGCGGGUGAACCUCAUUACCUAUUCCUUCAGAGAAAGUGAUGCUUGAUGCUGUACCAAGAGGGACCAUUUCUCGAUUUGUGCGUGUCAUCAUUGCGCAGGGGCCAUGCUAAUCUUCUCUGUAUCGUUCCAAUUUUAUUGGAUGUCUCCGAAGGGACGUACCAAGAGGAUGUCUCUUGCAAAUAGUUGUAGUCAUUGAACUAGCCUUGAAGUUUUCCUGUUUGCAUCUGUAGAUUGUCUUACUCUAUUCUUCUCUUUCAGCAAUGUUAUUCGGUUGCAAACAAUUAGAAAGAGAGAGAUGACAUCUCCAGUUAAAUUCUUUUACCAUUUGUUUUUCUUAUCAA